AGCAUUGUAAAAUAUUGUACUGUUCGAACGCGCUCAUGUAUUGGACCUGUUAGGCUAGCUCUCAGUCUUAAAUCGUUUACUUCAGGCAUACUUUUUCCUAUUUCUAAAACAACAAAAUGAUAAGUAUAUUGGAAAUGAUUAUUGAAAACAUAUGACUUGGUGUGAGAGGUUAUGUUUAUAUGACAAAAAAAAAUUAAAUAUAGGAAAUAAAGAUGCUGUAAAUCCAUGAUUGAACAAAAUAAAACAAUUUUUUUGGAAUAAAGAUAAUAAAUUGAUAUCAUGGCACCUUGCAUUGAGCUUAUAAAAGUGUUUGAUAAAUUUAUGCUCAAUAGAGUUGACAAAACAUGGGUACAAACAGUUUGGGAUAACGAGUUUAUUAUUUUCGAAAAAAUUGACGAUGAAUAUUUAUCAUGUCUUCAAUCCAAUGGCAUAGGCUUAUUGUUACGAGAUACAAGUAAAAUAAUUAAACACUGGGUGGCUAAAAAUAACAAUUUUGAGGCUACAAAUAUCAAUGCAUCUUGGCAGACACUCCGAAGUUGGAAUGUCGAUCCACACUGUUUGCUACCAGUUCUUGGAUAUCUUAUAAAAAUUGGGCAGGAUCAAGAAGCAAAUGAGGACUAUCGACAAAUUUGUCUAAGAUCAACAAGUCUUUAUUUGACUCUCUUAUCUGUAUCUGGUAGUUCAGUUUAUCAAAUAUUUCAUGAAAAUCUAUAUCAAAAAGCUCUUGAUACCCUUGAAUUUUCUACAUAUGUUUUACCAUCAGAUAAAAAAAUGUAUUUGAAUUUUGAAAAUUUAUGUUUGAGUGAAAAAGAGUUCAAUAAAAUAUCACAGUGCCAAAAAACAACACUUAUUAAAGGGUUAAAUGCCGUUAUUUAUGAAUUAAUACUCUUGUUAAAAUCAUCAUCUUGGAGUUUUCGAGGGUAUAAAAGGUCUUUAGAAUCAACUGUUAAUACAUUGAUUCAAAUAACAAGGCUUGGAACAGAAAAUAAUCCAACAUCAUCACCUUCAUCUGGAUCAUUGAGUACUUUAAUUCAAAAUGCUUAUGCAGCUCUUCAAUUACUUUGUCAAGAAUGUCACGGACUUACUGAAACUACUAUAAAACUCAUUAUUAAAAGUAUGAUGCAAAAUUUUUUAGUCAGCUCUGGAAACUUGUCGGUAAAGUUAACAGGUCUUGUGAGAAAUACUUCAGUAGAAUUUUUAAAGAGUUUACUUGAAGAUUACAAAAAAAAAGCAGAGACUGGUAUCUUAUUAUUAAUUCAAGGUCUUAUAAUGAAUUGUCCAGAAAGAUUAGAAUUAAGACAAAAACAAGCAAUAAUUAUUGGAAAACUAAUAAAUAUUGGAAAAAAACGAACAAACUUAAUGAAAAAGAUUAUUGAUGAUUUAAUACUCUUUUCUCAUCAAAAUAAAGUAUCUCAUCGUGUUUUUGCCCAAGAAAUAAUCGGACGUUAUUUAUUAGAUCUAGUCAACACUCCUGAUGAAGAUACAUCAAUAGAUAAUAGAAACUUGAUAAUGCAGCAGAAAAUAAGUAAAACUCUUUUGGCAACAGUACUUAGCCGUACAACUGAUAUAUCUUGUAUGGUAAGAGGUCGUGCUCUUUCUACAAUAAAAGAAUACACUGAUCAACCGUCUAAUUUAUUUCUCGAAACACUAUUUACGUCAACAGAUGAUGAACACUAUCAAGCUAUACCAGUUCUUGAAGAUCUUCGAGAAUCAAUUAGCUCAGACAUAAAAAUUUUACCUGAAAAAAAUUUUUUAAUAUCAAUGUUGAAAAUUCGAGCUGAAGAUGAACGAGCUAUAAUACGUCGCAGUGCAAUACUAAUACUUGAAAAUGUAGUUGCGAUAAAUUCAGAUAUAUUAGAAACAGCUAUCCAUAUUGUCAGUAAACAUUGUCAAGAUCCAGCUAUGACGGUUCGCCGAUCUGCAAUUCAAGUAUUAACAUCGUUUUUGAAAAAAUAUCCAGACUAUCCAAACUUUUAUGGACUUUGGAUAAAGUCAGUUAUUCCACAAGUAUUUGAUAUAGAAAUCAGUGUUCAAGAAAAAGUUCUAGAAAUUUUUGAAAAUCUAAUAAUUCAUAGAAUUUUAUUGAGUUCAGCAUCAAACAAUGACAGUGAUAGCAUAUCAUGGAAAAUUAUAAAUAAAUUAAACACAAUGAAAAUGAGAAAACAUUUGACAAAAAUUUGUGAAGCUUGGACACGUACUGGUGCUCUCACAAAUGAUUUUAUUAUCAAAGUUCAAUCAAAAAUUGAAUCUGAACACAAGCAAGCUGCCUGGAUUCUUUUAUCUUCAAUUUCUAAAGUAAUUCAAGUGCCUAACAUGGACAAAUAUUUUCUUAAUUGUCAAGAUUUUCUUUUAGGUAAAAAAUUUUUAGAUUAUCUAUCAUUAGAGGUACUCAGAUCAUCAUUGUCAAACUUGAAGAAUAGUAUCAUUAAAAAAAUUAAAACUGAAUUUUAUGAGAGUCUUAAAGAUUUUAAAGUCCAUCCAAGAAUUGUGAGUAUUACUUUGGAUAUUCUUUAUUCAUCAUAUCACGAGUGUAUAGAAGACCAAGCAAAUAUUCGGUCAGUAAUGGAAGAACUUAUCUCAAGGUCUAGGAAUAUUAUUAAACACAUGAUAAAAGACAAUUCAAAGUUUAAUAACGUUAAGUUAUAUAUAAAAGCAGUUAGUACUCUUGGGCAUGCAUCAUUCCUUUGCAAAAAUAAAAUUGAACUCUCAACUCUGAGAGUUUUUCAGGGAAUUAUAAUAGACAGUGAAAGUAUGCCUGAUUUAAUAAAAAAUCAAGCAGAUCUCCAAGCAGCAAUAGUCGUAGUCUUGGGACAACAAGCAAUGCGAGAUCAAUCAAUUGCUCAUGAGAUGAUGCCAAUUUUUCGCCAGUUACUUUGCACUCAUAAUAUGAACUCAAAAGUUGGUGCAGCUGUUCGUGUAAACGCAGCAAAAGCUCUUGUUGAUGUUUGUACAAGGUUCACAUCAGUGGUUGAACCAUUUCUUCCCGAUAUGUGUAUUACUAUGAAAGAUAGUGAGCGAACAGUACGAGAAGCUAUUGUUAUUUUAUUGAUUGAGCUUUUGGUUGAAGAUUUUGUUAAAGUCAAGGGACCUUUCUUUUUUCAUAUUUUAACAAUGCUAACUGAUGAAGAUAAAACAAUCAAAGAUAUGACAAUUUUUCUUGUUAGAGAACGUCUUUUAAUGAAAAAUAAAAACCUUAUGGCAACUCAAUUCUUUGGAGCAAUUUUUCAUUAUAAUGGAGUGAUACUCGAAAAUAAAUUUUAUAGAAGAAAAAUGAAAAAAAAUGAAAAACUAAUGUUGACGUUACCUGGAAGUGAAAAUUUCGAAAAACGAAAAACUAUAUAUAAAUUUCUAUUAGAUAAUUUAGAACUAAUUGGAUGGCUCAAGUUACUCGAGAAAGUUAACACAGUUUUUGAAAGUAUAUUAUUUGGAGAUACAUUAAAUUUAACAACUAACAACUUUAAAUGUCUUGUAAAAGAUAUUCUUUGGAUUGUUUCAAGUGGUUUGAUUCAGAUAAAUAGUUUAUGUAUUCGAAGAAAUUCGUUUGGAGAAGAUGAUACUUUAACGAAUAAUAUGGGAAUAAUCGGAGAUAAAAUUGAAAAACAUAAGACUAUGGUGUUAUUGCCGACAUUGGUUAAAUUAAGUAAAAAAAUCAGCCUACUUUCAGACGAAUUAGAUGCUGAAAUUGUGAAUACUUUAGUCGAGAUUACUGGAACUAUUAAAAGAGAUCAGUUAGUAAUGAUCUAUGAAAAAUUUCCCGAAAUAAAAGAAAAAAUGCAGAGAAAUUUAUCGAGCCAAAACCUUAAUAUCGAUGAAGAUUUUGAAAACAGCAUUUGUCCUCCGAUCAGUAAAUCAACGCCUACAAAGUCAUUAGAGUCUCGUCAGGUGCUCAACUCUAAUCGACAAACUAAAAUCGUCUUGCGACGAGUAUCUGGUUUGUAAAGGAAUUCAUUCACCCAUAGAAUUAUCUAAUAUCGAGUUUUUUUUUGUAAUUUUGUUACAGUUUUUGUCAAUAAAUAAAUUUCAAUAAACCACAA